AUGGAUCAUCGGCCUCGAAUGAGUCAAGAAGCUGCUUCCACCAACGAAGUGCCCACAAUGGGCUCCGCUGCUUCCAUUUCACGCUCUGCGUCCUACCCCGGGCCUGAUCGCGAGGCUUCUCCGAACGCCACUUCGCCUAAAGGUGUGAACGGACAAAAUGAGCAUUACCAACAACAACUUAAGACGGCUUCGAUUGAGCUUCUCAAUGAUGAGCGUGUGGGACCGGCAUCCAAAGCCGGGAGAUCUCUCCAGAAUGUGCUCAUGGAAACGGAGCAGCGUCUGAGAGAGCAGCGAAAGAACUCUCUUCACCACAAGGGCCUUAAGUGA